ACCUUGUUCCUUGGUUGCUCUGUUCAUUUGUUUUUAUUUUCGUUAUUAAAUCGACGGAUUUACUGGCAUAAUCACUUCAUAAAUCGUUCUGAAGAAAAUAAUGUUUUCUUUGUGGUUUAAUAACGAAAAAUAACCGAAAUAACGAGGUCUACAACAUUGUUUACAGGAGACCAAUUGUCACCAAUUUCCAUUAUUGAUACCAAGUUUCUCCCAACAAUUGUGCUAAUAAGUCUGUGCCACAGUUAUAGUACGCAGAAAGUGAUUGUUAUCUGUGCUUCCUACAACGUAAAAUGAUGUAAAAAGUGUAGUUUGUUUAUAUCCCCAGAUAUAUUCCGGAUCGUACAGUGAAUACCGUUCUUUAAGAGUUGACCUUCAGUUUCAGUUAAAAGUGCCAGUUUAGAACUUUGACUUUGUCUUUAAUCCAUUUGGCAAUGUCAUCAGAUUACAUAUAUGGAAUCGGAAAUGAGGUGCUAACAGUUGCGGUUAUUUUUAUAAUUGGUGUUCUUCCACUGCUUGUCUUUGCCGUACGAAAAAUAGAUUGGAGCGGUCUGUUGAACUCACUUGGGACACAUAACUGGUGGAUAUUUUCUGAUCAGCAUAAUGGCCCUCCACCUACUGUUACAAACAUUCAAGAGAUUGGAAAUCACAUUGAAAAUGUUCAGCCUGGUGUACCUCAAAUUCCCAGUCGAACAUAUAAUCCGGAACGCUGUCCAAUAUGCUUACAUGAACAUCAGAUGGCUCUGGAGACCAACUGUGGGCAUCUCUACUGCGGAAACUGUCUUCGCAUGUACAUAUAUAUGAAUGAUGUGAUGUCACGCAUAUCCUGCCCCAUGUGUCGCCAACAGAUUUCAGUUCUCUUCGUUUGUUUCACGGAGCGAGAAUUACAAGCGUCUCCAGCAUCAACAGCUGGUGCUCAGAUACAGCUUCUGUAUCGUAUGGUAGAAGAAUAUAACCGUAGUUUCUCUGGUGCACCUCGCUCGUUUAUGGAAAUGGUUCGUGAUUGUCCAACGCUAAUCCGGCAUCUUUGGAAUGAAUUCUUUUCUGUUGGAGGUUUGAUGUUAAUGUUUAGAGUUAGAAUAGUGCUGUGUUUCUUGGCUGGACUGAUGUACUUAUUUUCACCUUUAGACAUCAUUCCAGAGGCUGUGUUUGGUGUUUUGGGUUUGUUAGAUGACUUAUUUGUUGUUUUUCUCUUGGCAAUAUACAUUAGCAUCAUUUAUCGAAGAUCGGUGGUGAGUCGGACGAUGACCAUGUGAUGAAGCUACCUCUGUUAUUUAAGAGAUAAAACACCUGUGAUAUUGAGAUUAAUUUGUAUAUUCUAAUCAUUUUAUCUUAUGGUAUCUUAAUGUGUAGGACAUGAAAAUGCUCCUUAUACCAUUUGGUCAGUUGAAUCUUUGUUGUCUCAGCAUUAUUUUCCUUAUUGUAAGAGGAUAGGAAUGUUACUAUGUUUGCCAGCGAUUCUAAACAGAGCAAGAUUGAUAUAUACGCAAGAUGUGUUGAA